GGAACAAUGGCUUCUGAGAGUGCUCUCUCAGAGAUCGUAGAAAGAGAAAGAAAAAAGUUGCUUGAAAUCCUGCAGCAGGAUCCUGAUUUUUCUUUCUUAGAUACAUUAACCUCUAGGAGGCUGAUUUCUGAGGAAGAAUAUGAGACUCUGGAGAAUGUUACAGAUCCCCUGAAGAAAAGUCGAAAGCUGUUAAUUUUGAUUCAUAAAAAGGGAGAGGUGAGCUGUCAGCAUUUUCUCAAGUGCUUAUUUAGUACUUUUCCAGAGUCGGCUACCAUUUGCAGCUUAAGGCAAGAAUUUUUAAAACACAGAAAUAUAACACUUCCUCAAUCUGUAGGGGUAAGCAAAAAUUCAGACAAGACUUUUUCUCCUACAAAGGAACAGCCUGAGAAUCCUGAAAUCACCAUGUCAUUCAAAGAGAAAGACCACUUGGGUUUGGAAACCUCUGAGUUUUUUUGGGAUGAGGAAACUACUUCUAAGGAAACUGCUUUUUGCUCCAGGGAGAAUGAGAAGGAAGAUGGCACGCCAAGUGUCGCAUUACCAUGUUUGGCUAAGGGAGACGAACAUGAAGUUCCAGAAAUUAUCACAUAUUCAAGAAUUGGCCAGGGAUAUGAACCAGAUGACUUUUUAUACUUAGGAGAAGAGGAAUAUCUGGAAUCUGCUGGGUACCCUGAAGAUACACAAGGCACUGUGGAAGAGGACUAUGAUGAUCCAGAGAAUAGAGUAUAUUAUGGCAAGGAGGACAGAGUAUAUUACGGCGAGGAGGACAGAGAAUAUUACGGCGAGGAGGACAGAGAAUAUUACGGCGAGGAGGACAGAGUAUAUUAUGGCAAGGAGGAUGCUGAGUAUUCAGAAACCAACGAGUUCUCUGAUGAAGAACAGAGUUAUGAGGAUUCAGAGACCAGCAUCUCAUUGGAGGGAGAGGAGGAGAAAAGUAUGGAAGAAAGAAAAAAGGUGUUUAAAGAUGUUAUGUUGUGUUUGAACAUGGAUAGAAACAGAAAGCUUCUGCCAGAUUUUGUUAAACAAUUCUCCUUAGAUCGAAAAUGUGGGUGGACACCUAAGACUUCAGGAGACUUAGUCUGGAAUUUCCUUAUGAAAGUUCAAGCACUGGAUGUGACAGCCAGAGAUUCAAUCCUUAGACCGGGUGUGCUGGAUGAAGAUAGCGAAGGGGAAUUGCUGACCAGAGUGGAGAAUUUGGACAUUGGAAACAUACAAACCAUUAAUCCCCUUGAUGUCCUUUGUGCCUCCAUGCUGUGUUCUGACAGCUCUUUGCAAUGUGAAGUCAUGCUAGACAUGUAUCAAUGCCAAUUUGCUCUUCCCCUGCUACUGCCAGAUGCAGAAAACAACAAAAGCAUCUUAAUGCUGGGGGCAAUGAAGGACAUUGUGUAUAAACACUCAACACAGUCCUCAGGAGGGCCUACAGAGGAUACAGAACAGUUUCUGGCUCUCAUGAAGAUGCCUAUCAUCUCUUUUGUACGUCUAGGAUACUGUAGCUUUUCCAAAUCCAGAAUCCUCAACACACUACUCAGGCCUGCCCAACUGAAAUCACACAAAACCUUCCUCCAUCAAGACACAGCUGUUCUGGUACUUCCCCGGCAAAUCUCUGAUGGCCUGGUUGAGAUAACGUGGUGUUUUCCUGAUAGCAAUAAUCUAAAAGAAAAUUCUAGUAUUUUCCAAAAGCCUGUUGCUAUGACUAACCUUCGUGGAGAUCUAGAAAGCUCUUGGACACAGUUUGGGUUUUUAAUGGAAGUUUCUUCAGCUGUGUUUUUUUUUACUGAUUGCCUAGGUGAGAAGGAAUGGGACAUGCUAAUGUUUUUAGGAGAAGAUGCCCUGGAAAGAUGCUAUUUUGUCUUUAGUUCCCAAGCCAGGGAGAGUGAAGAGACUCAGAUUUUCCAGAGCAUCCUGAAAUUAAAGCCAUCACAGCUACUGUUUUGGGAAGGGGAGGAGGCAGAGACUACAAGAGAGAAUAUGGAGGGUCUCCAUGCUGCCCUCCAGCAAGUGAUGUGCUCUUCACUCAGAUAUGUGUCUGUGGAGGACAUGGCCUCUCUGGCCAGGGAGUUGGGGAUUCAGGUAGACCGAGACUUCGAGAAUGCUCAAGGAAUUCAAGUUUUCCCUAGAGAAAAGAUGGCUGGAAUAGCUGAAGGCGAGGAACAACAAAGGCAUAGUCAGCCAAAAAGUUCAUCUGAAAAUCAAGCUCAGAUGCCAAUAGGACAGUCGGAAGCUACAUGUGAAGUCAGCCAGAAUCUUCAGAAUUUAUACCACAGCCCAGUAGUCAUGCCUCAUAUGGAAAACUGCUGGUCUUUACCAACCAGAGUGGGGGCUAACAAUGUUUCCUUGAAAGCCCCCUGGGUUAUGAGCUCCCACCUUGGCUUACAGCAGAGGUAUAAUUUGUUCCAUCCUUUGCCCUUUCAGAAUGCAAGGGCCUAUACUCAAUGUAAAAAUUUUGGUAUUCGUUACUUCCAACCUCAGAGAUUUUAUUUGGGUGAGAGAUUCAUAAAAUUUCCAAGAAUUGCUCGAGGACAUCAUGUGAAUAGAACAUUUGGGAGACCACCAAGACCGAUUUCUCAGUGUGCACAGGCCUUUUCUGAGAGGUCACAAACAAUGGGAGCUCUUAAAAGUUCUGGAACAGUGGUCUCCCAGGUAGGUCACUUCUAUUCUAUGAGAUCACAGCCAGCAGGAACAGUAGGGAAGCUACAGCUUAAACAAACCUGUACCCAGAGAACAGAGUCAACAGUAGCAACUGGAAAAUGUAUGAGAAAACCAUCUCCUAUUCAACAUCCUCACCCUCAAUCCUUUCAACCAGCAAAGAUGCAAAAACCGUUAAGACCUACCUCUCAGCAAAGAGCCCAGCUCAAGACACCCAAUGGACCUUCAAAUCCAACUAUCCGAACAGGUUGCCAUCCCAUGUCUGAGAACAAACUUUUACCUUGCUCUCAGUUCAAAUACAAUCAGCACAAACCAUUCCAUAUUAAGCACCCCAAGCCCAAACCCUCCCAACCUGUGCCCUCUCAGGCUAAACCCUCUCAGACAAACCCCCCUCAACCCCAUUCUUCCCAAGCUAGACCUUCUCUGUCUAAACCCACUCAACCCAAGCCAUGCCAGCCCCAGCCCUGUCAGUCUAAGUCUUCUCAACCCAGACCCACUCAACCUAAGUCAGCCCAGACCAAUCCUUCACAGGUCAAGGCAUAUUGUCCAAGAGCAGGGCCCAAGAGGGUAGGGAAGCGUUAAAGUGCUUACUCCAUAGACCCAUGGAAUAUAGCCUUUUUCUAUGCUGUUCCUAUCCUAUAGAGAUCUAAAGAAGAGUUGUAGUGAAGGUAAAAGACUACUAUUAUUAGCAAGACACAGACAAAAAUAAAAGCAAAGCCUGUUUGACUAACAUUAAAAUAUCUAGUGUUUUUAACCACCAUGUCCCAUGUCGGCCCAAACAUUAAAAUAUCUGUGAGUCGUCCCUAACCAAGAGGAAAAAGAUGAAAAUAAUUAAAAGGUAAAUAAAUUAAUGGACUCCAACCUCGAAUAUUAGAUAAUGUAUUAUUUGAAAUCAGAGAAUGGGGUCUGUGAGACAGCCUCACUUGGAGAAGAAUGGGGUUGGAAUCCCUAAUUACCAAGUAAUGGUGAAAUAGGGCUCAGGUUCCCUCUGCAUUGCAAAAACAAUCACCCUAGAUGUUGGCUGUUCCAGAGAUGUGUUGGUAAAAACGUUCUAGAAUUUUUGUCCAUGAAGACUUGAUCAGCUGCUGAGCAGAUAACCCUGUUUAUUUGGGAUGGUUAUAUCAACUUGUUUAUAAUAAUGACUCAUUUCUUGGGUAAUAGUAACAAAACUCACUGAUUUGAUCUUACAGACAGAAAUAAUAAAUAACAACCAAGAAAAUGAAUUAUUUUGCACUAAGUUUAUGUAUGUAUGCACUAUGUAUGGUUAAUGUAUUAAAUAGUUGCAAUAGUUAAGAAAAUUUGACUUCUUAGAGGAUCUCAUAUAUUAGCCUCAUGAUUCCAAUUUAGAUGUAUCAUCGGGUUUUUAAUUUUAGAGUUGUAAUUUUUUUAAGUCAAAAAGAUUAAGAUGAGUUUAUAAAGUUUAUAAAAAGCA